AUGCCUGAUAAUUGGUGCAAUGAUAAAUGUGCUGGAAAAGGCUGGUUUUCAGGUUUCAUGAGGCGACAUGGACAAGCACUAUCAAUUAGACAACCUGAAGCGACAAGUUUGGCCAGAGCUACAAGUUUCAACAAACAUAAUGUAGAGUUAUUUUUCUCCAAGCUGUCUUCUCUCAUGGAUAAAUAUAAAUUUGAACCUCAAGACAUAUGGAAUGUUGAUGAAAGUGGAGUAACAACUGUUCAGAAACCUCGUGCAGUAGUAGCAGUUAAGGGCACAAAGCAAGUUGGCUCUAUUACCUCAGCUGAGAGAGGGCAACUUGUUACAUUUUGUGUUGCUGUCAGUGCCAUUGGAUGUUUGUUCCUCCCAUGCUGA